UAUAAAUAACAUGCUAGUAUUGUUCUAGUGUACCAUAACAAAGGUUGAUAAUUAAGAUAUCUACUUAAAACCAUUGUUAGUUUCUAGAUUAUUAUCUCUGCUAGAUUAUAAAUUAAGGAGAAGAUGAAGUCAGGUGGUAGUGAAGCUGGAGAUGAUUCAAAUGAUCCAAAGCCCAAGAGCAACAGAGGAAUUGCUUUUCUUGAUUUUAUUAUGAGACUAGUUGCUAUUUUAGGCACCUUAGGAAGUGCAAUUGCCAUGGGAACAUCUAAUGAAGAUCUUCCCUCCUUCAAGCAGUUCAUUAGGUUUAAGGCUGAGUACAAGGACCUUCCUACUUUCACGUUCUUUGUGGUAGCGAAUGGCAUCGUUAGCGCGUACCUCGCUGUAUCUCUUGUCCUAUCCAUCUUGCACAUUGUCAUGAGUGGUGCAAAAAUAACUAGAGUGGUCUUGAUCUUCUUUGAUACGGUGAUGAUGGCAUUUUUGACAUCUGGAGCAUCAGCUGCAGCAGCCAUAGUGUAUUUGGCACACAAGGGAAAUGCUCGGGCUAACUGGAUUGCUAUAUGCCAGCAGUAUAACUCUUUCUGCGAUCGAGCCUCUGGUUCCUUGGUUGGAUCCUUCAUAGCAGUUCUCGUGUUCUUACUGCUCGUUAUAUUGUCAGCUCUGGCCCUUUCAAGAAACUGAUUUCAUCCCAGAAUGACCCAGAUCACUUCCAGAGACAAGAAAGAAAAUGUUUCAUCAUUUGAUAGUGUGCUUCGUUUGAAGAGAUUUUUGAAUGAUUUCUGUUAUUACAUCUGUUUGUUUUAGUGAUUCUUCCUCCCAAUCAAUAAAAUUGAUGUUUAUAUAA